AUUCACCAUUUUUUAAACCAUAACAGAUGAUUGUCAAAUCUCACAAAACAAAUGCAAAUUCAUACAAGAUGGCUUCUCUUAUACAAGUUUAAGCAUUUGAAAUGUCAAACUCCGUAUAAAAAAAAACGUUGUAAUCGCUUUGUUUUGCACUAAUUAUGCUUUAGUUAUUCUUCUUAAAACUUUUAAAAAUAAAUUUAAAUUUUGUUUACAAUUUUGUUUAUUUGUUAUUUAAAAUUGUAACGAAAUGGAACAAAUAACAAAAGAACAAGAAGACCAAGCCUCAAGCACACAAACUAAUCCUUCCGGGACAGAAUUGGCCGAAGCAGAACAUAAAACAGAAAAGCCUUCUGGCAAUGAUGAUGAUGAGGAAUUGGAUAUUACAAGUGAACAUUUCAAUCCUUUAAAGGCUUUAUAUGAUCCCAACUAUCGAGUAACAGAAAAACAGCCCAAAAUUAUCUAUCAGAAUAUGGCAGCCUUUGAAACGGCUCUGAAAAAGUUUGGUAUAAUGGGUUUAAAUAAAAAACCUAAAACUAACUUGGCGGCAGGCAGCAAAGAUAACAAAAAUCCCUUAUUAGUAGAGGAGGAAAGAACACAGAGACGUUUCCAAGACCAUCAAAUGGCCAUCAGAACACAGGCGAAAGUUAAACAAAAACAUCAAAGAAACAUUCUAAUACAAAUGGCUCAAUCAGAAGGACCUAUCAAACAAUUGCAGGAAUUUGUUAAAGAAAGCCGCAGGAUAAGAGUUCUAGUAAGAAAAGAACAUGGCAUUAAAGGCUAUAUUGAAGGAGAACUAAAAAUGUUUGAUCGUCAUUGGAAUCUUUUGUUAGCCGAUGUGCUAGAAUGCUUUGAACAGCGUAAAUAUAAAUAUGCUGAAGAUAAUUUAGUUAACCAUCAACAGCCCGAAGAUUGUUCUUAUAUUUUAGAGCAAUUAGGUAUAACCCUGCCGCAACAGAGUGUUAAAAGUUUGUCGAGAAAACGUGUGGAGGUUAAAAGACAUUUGCCACAACUUCUAUUAAGAGGGGAACAAGUGGUUUUAGUAUCCGCUAAAGUUUCAACUUAAUGUAUAAAUUGUUUUACUUUUAUUGAUUUAAGUAAAUACCUAGUUUAAGAUUAUUUUUUCUACUAAAUGAAGUUAAUUUUUUUUAUAUACUUUACCUAGUUUUUGCAAAAAACGGUUUCUAAUCUAUUUGAAUUUUCUUUAAAAUUAUUUUUAAG